UUUUAGUCAAUAGAGAAUAUAUGAAAGAAAAUAAAGCGAACUAUUUUGUAUGAAUUAGAUCUGACAUAUUCAGUUCUAUAACAGUCCACUGCUGGUAACACAGAUUAUGUGAAACAGGAACAAUAUCCUAUUUGGUCAAAUGAAACACCAUGCAAGCGACGAAAGCAGUCGUCGCUGCUGUGCUCGUCCUUAACAUAGCUGUUGGAAUCGCAGUUAUUUGUGUUGUGGUGACUGUCGAGGAGGAACACCACAGGCCCCCUGCUGCAACACUCUGGAACAAUGCCGAGCAGUUGAAGAAGCAGAUCGACGAAAUUUAUGUUGAUCCUCGGGAGACUCCGCAUCACCCCCGAGAUCCACAAGCCAUUACGUCACUAGAUUAUUGGAAUAUUCUGAAGCCCAUCGCAUUUCUGACCGGACUUGACUUUGGCGAAAACAACGAAGAUACGCCUACAAACACUGCAAUAAGGAACUGGAUACCGUUUGUUGGCCCAGGCAGACAGUACUUGUACAAUGGUAUGACAUACGAAAACGGAAGUGUUUCUAUCCCAACCGCUGGAGUGUAUGUCGUCUAUUCCCAUGUAAAAUUUUACACAGAAAAAAAUCAUCGCGUUGAUCCCGAGCUUGAUUUUCAUCACAGCAUAACACGAUACAAUGCUGUGUCUCAACAGACAGAGACUGUAUCGGGGAACAUAGUGUGUGAGAACAAGAACAAUGUCAUUGACGGAGCAAGUCUGGAAUACUCCAGUGACAUCCACAGUUUGGUGCAGCUGAAUGCUGGAGACCUGGUCAUAGUAAAUGUGUCGCAUUUGGAACUGUUAAAGUCGGACAAGGAUUGGCAUUAUUUUGGAGCAUAUAUUAUUUGAAUUUACUUUGACCGGCAAUCUAGAAGUUGUCUAAAAUUGAUAAUAAUUCAAAUGAUGUAUAUUCCGUAAUGCAUCCAAAU